UGAAUUCAGACUUCAUAGUCAUCGGUUACUGAGAGCCCUCUAUAUAAGCACACACAGGGCUAGAGCUGAAAGCAUCCUACAAAUUGCACUACAAAAUUUCAGACCUUAACUAAAACUUAGUAGUGUUGACAGAAUAUGAAGCAGAUACAGAAGAAAGAGGCUUUUGAUCUCGAUGAAGAUAUCUAUGUCCAUGACUCUUCUGUCGAUCAUAAAGGAAAGCUUCCUCUGCGAGCUUCUACUGGUGCAUGGAAGGCCUCGUUCUUCAUUAUCUCAAUCGAGUUCAGUGAACGGUUGAGCUACUUUGGUAUAGCAACAAGUUUAAUUAUAUACCUUACUAAGGUGAUUCACCAAGACCUCAAGACAGCUGCAAAGAGUGUCAACUGUUGGUCUGGUGUGACAACUAUAAUGCCGCUACUUGGAGGCUUCGUUGCUGAUGGUUAUCUUGGUCGAUUUCCUGCAGUUUUAGUCUCAUCUGUCAUUUACUUCUUGGGGUUGCUGUUAUUGACAAUGUCAAGAAUAAUCCCAAGUUGGAGGCCUUGUAGCUCUGACAUUUGCCACAAACCGAGAAAGGUUCAUGAAGUGGUCUUCUUUCUUGCAAUCUACCUGAUUUCUGUAGGAACUGGAGGGCACAAGCCCUCUCUCGAAAGCUUUGGAGCAGACCAAUUUGAUGAUGAUCAUCCCGAGGAAAGAAGGAAAAAGCUCUCUUUCUUUAACUGGUGGAACUGUGGCCUUUGCGCUGGACUGUUUGUUGCUGUAACUCUGAUCGUUUACAUUCAAGACAAUGUGAGCUGGGGUGUUGCAGAUAUCAUCCUUACUUGUGUGAUGGCUUCUACUAUAAUAAUCUUCUGCGCUGGAAGACCAUUUUACCGCUUCAGGUUGCCAACAGGGAGCCCCUUGACACCAAUGCUACGAGUUCUUGUAGCAGCAUUCGCUAAAAGAAAGCUCCCUCAUGCUUCCAGCACUGCUGAACUCUAUGAACUUCCUAAUUCAGCUAAAACUCGAGGCAGGCUUCUGUUCCACACCGAGAACUUCAAGUUCCUUGACAAGGCUGCGAUCAUCGAGGGCAAUGACAGAACACUUGAAAGUCAAAUAAAUGCUUGGAGACUUGCUACUAUAACCGAGGUUGAGGAGAUGAAACUCAUUCUCAAAAUGAUCCCCAUUUGGCUAACUUCUUUACCCUUUGGUAUCUGCGUUGCACAAACAUCAACAUUCUUUGUCAAACAAUCCUCAACAAUGAACCGCAACAUCACAGACAACUUUCUCAUCCCUCCAGCCUCAGUUUUCGGCCUCUCUGCCAUUGGCAUGAUCAUAUCAGUCGCCCUUUAUGAUAAACUACUCGUACCCUUUCUAAGACGAGCAACUGGGAACGAAAGAGGCCUCAGCAUUCUCCAGAGAAUCGGCAUUGGUAUGCUGAUCACAUUCACAACAAUGGUAUUAGCAGGUUUUGUCGAAAGAAAAAGACUAAAUCUUGUCCACAGUGAUCCCAUAAAAGGCUCAUUGUCAAUGAGUGUGUUCUGGUUAGCUCCACAAUUUCUCAUCAUUGGAAUGGGAGAUGGAUUCAGUCUAGUGGGACUACAAGAGUAUUUCUACGACCAAGUACCCGAUUCAAUGCGAAGCCUAGGCAUUGGACUGUACUUAAGUGUGCUUGGAGUUUCGAGUUUCAUUAGUAGUUUCUUGAUUACAGUUGUGGACAAAGUUACAGAGAAGACAGGGGAAAGCUGGUUUGGCAAGGACUUAAAUAGCAGCCGUCUGGAUUAUUUUUACUGGUUGUUAGCAGGUAUCGUCGCGGUAAAUAUCGUGCCUUAUGUGGCUGUGACAAGGAAAUACUCUUACAAGAAUGUGCAGCAAAGGGGUGAUGUAGCAGCUGUGGCUGAUAGUUUUAAGGGUGAUGGUUUGGAGGCAAUAGCUUAGUAAAAAGUAAUAGCUGUGUUAUAUUUGAUAGGAAGGUAAUGGCAAUGUAUUUAUGUCUAAUAAUGAUUAGAAUAUUUUAUGCUCUGUUGUUAAAGCCGAGACAAUAAAAGUUCAGUAAUGUCGAUAUGUGGAUUGUUUCUUGUUAGAAUAAUGCUCGAGGUUUGUUUC